CCUCCCCCCGCGGGGGGGGGGGGGGUCACGUGACGCUGCCGCGCCGGGAGGAAGCGGGCAGCAGCGGCAGCUACAGGAAUGGAGGCGCUGCUGCGCGUCCCCUCCUUCAGGCAGGAGGGCGCGGACGCGGAGAGGGCAGCCUCCUCCUCGUCGUCGUCCCCCUACACGGUCUUCAAGGUGGAGGUGACCAUGAACGGCAGGAAGCACUUUCUGGAGAAGCGCUACAGCGAGUUCCACGCACUGCACAAGCAGCUCAAGAAAGUAAUUAAAACCCCCGAGUUCCCACCGAAGCACGUGAGGAAUUGGGUUCCAAAAGUCCUGGAGCAGAGGCGGCAAGGGCUGGAGUGUUACCUGCAGGGAAUCCUGUACGAGAACGAAGAGCUGCCCAAGGUCUUACUGGAGUUUCUCAGCAUCCGGCACCUGCCCUCGAUUCACAAGGCUGACAGCUACGACUCCUUGGACGAUCUCGAUUCAGAAGAGCCGAGCAGGCUCUGCCACCAGCCGGUGCUGGCCUACUCCCGGGACCCGUACGUACUGCCGGCCAUGUCGGAGGGCCUCCCCAACAUCGUGGUGGACGGUGUUCUGCAGGGCCUGUCCCUGCCGCCCAUACAGCAAAGGUGAUGGCGACCCCGUGACCCAGCUUCUCAUCAGCAAGCGCCUCUUGCCCCUCAAUCUGACACUGGAGCGCUUGCGUGUCUGCACCGUCACUCACUCGCCAUUCCCUCUGGGCAAGUGACCGAGCGAGUGCACUUGACCCUCUUGUUGCACGGAGACUCUGUUAUCUGCAUCACUGAAUGUUUGUAACGGCAGCUAUAGUACGGGCGGGGUGGGGUUGUUUGUUUUUAUUUCAACCUUGUAUCCACAUACAGCAUAUCAUUUACACAGCAUUAAUAUAUUACGGGAUAGACGUGUGUACCGUAGGUUUUUAAAAAGAAUUGAAAGUUAAACAUAUUAUGAGACCUUGUUGAUAGUCUUACUUGAAACAUUUAAUGGAGAUUAAAGCGAGCUUUGAAAUCACAAGUACAUAGCAAGAACUGCAUGAAGGACACUUUAAAAAGUAAACUUGGCAUUAACAUACAGUAUAGUAAUCAUCGUAAUGCGUGUGUGCUGUUGCAUAGAUGUGACAAUCACAGGGAUGGCUGCGCUGCUUGGCUUAGGAUUACAGUAAGCCCUCGUUUAACACGGUAGACGAGGUUCUGAAAACUGCCGCGUUAAGCGGAAUGCGCGUGAAGAUAAAACAUUUUGUCAUAAAUAAAGGGGUUACAAUAAAGUUUGGCGACAUGUACGAUGUACUACGGACGCCCGGUGAGAUGGCGGCACAAAUAGCUUGAGGCUGUGCGCCGCCGCGUUACUGUAUCGUUCCGCUUAAUGUAUUCCUCCGCUCAGCCGCGCAAGCUCAAGAAAGUAGUUCAUCAUCGACCGCAUUACAUAAACAACAGAAGGAUUCCCUAAUGAAGGGAGCUGCGUUAUGGCGAAAACGCGGUGCGUGCGCAAACGUUAAGCGAGGACUUGGCGUACGUUCCUGCCACCAUCCAAACGUAAACCCAUCAAAACGGCACGGCGAAGCAGACGAAUCGGUGCUGGAGCCGUGUUUCCGGCGCUGUGUUUGCGGCAGAUGUAAACACUCGUUGGUGUGGGAACACACAAAGAGACCGAUUGCAGUUUUGUGGCAUUACUUUCUGCAUGGCUGUGGCCUGCCGAUGAUUGAUAGUCGUAGUGAAAUCUGCACUCUCUUGCCAUGAAGGAGGGAGGACAUAAGAGGGAUUGUACUGCGCUGAUGAUCCCUAAUAUAGGGCGAAACUCCAGUACGCGAUAGGUCGUGUUGUAUUUACCACCAUGACAUUUUAACAAGGCAGCGCGCAUUCUGGUGACUUGAGAGCCCAACAAAAGGCUGCGAUGCAGCCUCAUCCUCGUCGAGGAGCAUAAACCAAUCGCGCAAACUACGGUCAUCCUCG